AAAGAUGAUGACUUGGUAACCUUGAAAAGGGAACUCAGCAAGUUUCAGCCUCCGUAAGAGACAAGCCCCAAAACUUCUAAUUCAAUCCCAAAGCUCAACUUGUUCCGCUUGUUUCAAUCUUCGGGUGGGAGCCUCACCAUCAAAGCAUGCCAAAAGAUUCUUGCCUUUAAACAUGUUUUGCUGAAGAAGCCGUUUGAUUCAGCAUCUGUUACUCCCGAAGCUGCUAAUCACCAGCUUGCUGUUUCGGUAAAUUCACUAAUUUAUCCAAUCACUUUCGGUUACGUGAGGCAUAUGAUCAAGCAAGCUAAGAAGAAUGGAGGAAAGGAAGCGGUAAUGAUUGAGGAAACGGUGAUUGAAGGAGAAGAGGAGAAUGUGUUUGUUAGUGUGCUUGAGGAAGCAGAGAAGACUGGAGGAGAAGAGGAAGCGGUGAUUGAAGGAGAAGAGGAGAACGUGUUUGUUGGUGUGCUCGAGUGGGGGGACAAGUUGGAGUCAGUAUCUCCUCCUCCCCACUUAGGAUCUUCUAACAUUGAUGAAACUGACGUGAAUGAGACUGAGCCUGAAGACAAAAAUGCACCGGAGAACACUCAGAUCUGAUGAAAUUUUGUAAUAAAGGGCUAGACUUCGU